AUGGUCUCAACUACUACUACCAAUCAUCUGCUCAAAGGCAGUGGCUCAUUCUUGUUGUCUUCUCACCGCCACCACAUCCUCGGCCGCCGCCCUUUACUCCUUCCCACCACCGCCAGAAUUAUCAAUAAUCGUAUCCGCAGUACAAUCAUUACACCAGUGGCCGCUCCCCCACUUCCCAUUUCACUUCAUAGGGAUUUUUAUGACCGAACAAAAACAAGUUUACAGAAAGGAACGCUGUGCUACAGCACAGCUUCGAAUGCAUCGGAUACAAUAGUAGCAUCGGAUGAAGGAAAUGCUAAGAACGAAGAGGAUAAUGGAGAAUUGACGGUGGAGAAGAUAAGAGAGGCGGCUAGCACGCUGGACAUUAGGGUGGGAAGAAUCCUAAAGGCGUGGAGGCACGAGGAGGCUGAUUCCCUCUACGUGGAGGAGGUGGACGUAGGCGAACCCGAGCCCAGAAUCAUUUGUAGCGGCCUUGUUAAAUAUGUCCCACUUCACCUUCUACAGGACCGGAAUGUUGUUGUUCUGGCUAAUCUGAAGCCUAGAAACAUGCGGGGUGUGAAGUCAAAUGGAAUGCUGAUGGCUGCUUCUGAUGCAUCACACGAGAGUGUUGAGCUUCUUGUGCCACCCGAGGGUGCAAUCCCUGGUGAAAGAGUUUGGUUUGGUUCUCCAGAAGAAAAAGAGAACCUACCUGAAGCUGCAUCACCAAACCAGGUUCAGAAGAAAAAGAUAUGGGAACAAGUCCAACCUCACCUCAAGACAGACGACUCUUGUGUUGCUGCGCUCAGAAUGCAUUACAUGCGAACAUCAGCAGGUUUAAUAGUCUCCCAAUCUCUCAAGAAUGCAAGGAUAUCAUAA